AUGUCAUUGGCUAUGUGCAAAGCCUUCUCGGCAUUAUCUUUCUGGAAAGCGACAACUGUACGGGCUUUCUCAUCUUCCUUGGUCCAGUAUACAAAUGCCGAUCAUACCAAUAACAUAAUCGAGGUGCGGUCUCUUACGGACAAGGAAGAGGAAGCUAAGGAACCCGCGCGCAAGUACCAAGAUCUAGCAUUGCGUGAUCAACAGGCGAUGUCCCACCAACGUUGGUAUCAGCGCAAACGAGACAAGGAUCCUACUUUCAUGGAACGUAGACGGGAGUGUAGCCGAGUAUACGUACGCAAGGUAUCUUUGCAGGCUCAUUACCGGUUUCGCCGUAAAGUUAUGAAAUGGACAAAGCACUCCUGGGUGCGGCAGCUUCCAUGGAAAACUCAUACGCCAAUCUUCACGCAAGACAAAGUCCGCCAGAUCUGCGCUACUUGUGGCAGCUACAGGAUAGACGGAGCCAAGUUAUGGUGGCAGCGUCAUGUUCCAUCUGACCCACCGCUGUAUGACUGCCAAACCUGCUUUGCAAAAACUGGGAUUAUGCCUGACGGCUACGAGGACGUCAAGACUUUUGGCGAGCUGAAGGCACGCAAAGAAGAGCUGGACAAUUCGACAAAGGACCUCUCUGAUUCUGAACACGACAAACACAAGGGUUGA